GAAGGAUGGGGGUGAAUAAUGGGAAGGACGUUCUUCAGCACUUGACACACUACUCCUGAUCUCUGUUUCCUGACGGAGACCUCAGGCAAUAGGGAGUGUAUGUGUAGCAUGCGAGUGAGCUGUGUGUGGGGGUGUCCCAAUAGCAGAUACUUGUUCUUUUUCCAGUGUCUCCAGUGUCUUUUUGCAGUGUCUCCCCAACUCUCUCUGUAAUGCUGGUCUCCUCCAGUAUCUCACAAGGAUGAGCAUUUACCCUUUACAAACGUCAUGGCCACAUUCAUCCUUUCAGCAGUCCCAUGAGAUUUUCAUCCCUGCUUCCAUUUUAUGAAUGAUGAAACUGAGUCUUAGAGCAACUGAGUACGGGAUACCUCCCUUGGGUGUGCCGAGUAACUGGGACCUGCACGUGCACACACACACACACACACACACACACACACACACACCGCCUCUCAGGUUCAGUUCUGCACAGCAUCUCUUUUCUCGGGGAUUAUGGCCCCUUCCUCAUGGCCUCCUUCUUGAGAAAGCCAUUCUCAUUGAAUUGGAUUCUCCAGGGCGUGGUUCCUCCCUUGCUCCCACUCCCAAGCACAUGGGAGACACAAGGACAGAGGAGCGGCCUUUCUCAGGACUCUAAGGGGUUAAGGCCUGGAUCCCGCCCCUUUUCCCGCCCGGCUGGCGGGAGUAUGAAUAGCGGUCGCUCCUGCUCUCUACACAGUCGCUCGGCUGCUCCCUGCGCCCCGCCCCGCCCUGUCGUGUCCCUGUCGAUCUUUUCUUCUCUUUCAUUCUAAGAGCGGAGAGCCGCUCCAGUCUCCCGGUGCCCUGCUUCUCUCCACUUUAGGUGGGUCAGACGAGAAGGAUGGAGGGCUGCCUGGGAGAGGAGUCUUUUCAGAUGUGGGAGCUCAACCGGCGCUUGGAGGCCUACCUGGCCCGGGUCAAGGCGCUAGAGGAGCAGAAUGAGCUGCUGAGCGCAGAACUCGGGGUUCUCAGGGCACAGUCCGGAGAUACCUCCUGGCGGGCCCGUGCCGACAACGAGCUGGCGGCCCUGCGGGCCCUAGUGGACCAAAGCUGGCGGGAGAAGCACGCGGCCGAGGUGGCACGCGACAACCUAGCGGAAGAGCUGGAGGGCGUGGCGGGCCGGUGCCAGCAGCAGCGGCUGGCCCGGGAGCGAGCGGCCGAGGAGGUGGCCCGCAGCAGGCGCGCGGUUGAAGCCGAGAAAUGCUCCCAGGCCUGGCUGAGCACCCAGGUGGCCGAUCUGGAGCGCGAACUGGAGGCCCUGCGCGCGGCUCACGAGGAGGAGCGCGCCAACUUGAACGCGCAAGCCGCCUGCACCCCUCGCGGUCCCCCGCCGCCGCGCGGGCCCCCCGCGCCUGCCCCGGAGGUGGAGGAGCUGGCGCAGCGGCUGGGCGAGGCAUGGCGCGGGGCAGUGCGCGGAUACCAGGAGCGCGUGGCGCACAUGGAGACGUCGCUGGGCCAGGCGCGCGAGCGGCUGGGCCGUGCCGUCCAGGGCGCCCGCGAGGGUCGCCUGGAGCUGCAGCAGCUCCAGGUGGAGCGUGGCGGCCUGCAGGAACGCAGGGCUGCGCUGGAGCAGAGGCUGGAGGGCCGCUGGCAGGAGCGGCUGCGCGCCACUGAGAAGUUCCAGCUGGCGGUGGAGGCCCUGGAGCAGGAGAAACAGGGCCUACAGAGCCAGAUCGCCCAGAUCCUGGAAGGUCGGCAGCAGCUAGCACACCUCAAGAUGUCUCUCAGCCUGGAGGUGGCCACGUACAGAACCCUCCUGGAGGCUGAGAAUUCCCGGCUGCAGACACCUGGCAGCGGAUCCAAGGCUUCCCUCAGCUUCCAGGACCCCAAGUUGGAGCUGCAUUUCUCUGGGACCUCAGAGGGCCGGCGUCUGGCACCCCUGCUCCCUACCCUGAGCCCAACCCCUCUGACCUCACCCUUGCCUGACACCCUUGGGACACCUGUGCCAGCCUUUCUGAAGAGCCAAGAAUUCCUGCAGGCCCGUACCCCCACCUUGGCCAGCACCCCAAUCCCACCCACAUCCCAGACUCCCCACCCUGCCACAGAUACAGAGAUUAGAGCCCAGAAGGCCCCUCUCUCCCUCCUCCAGCCACAGGGUGGGAAGCAACAGGCUCCAGAGCCCCUGCAGGGUGAAGCCAUUCCUGCCAGCAUCCUGCCAGGACCAGAGGAGCCUGGGGGCAAGCAGCAAGAAGCCAGCAUAGGUCAAUCCUCCGAGGAUCAUGUCUCCUUGGCCCCACCCCUCAGCCCUGACUACCCCAGUUUAGAGGCCAAAGAUGGAGAGCCCAGUGGGUCUGGAGUAUCCAGCAUAUCCCAGGAGGAAGGUGAAGGGCAAAUCUGGGGGUUCACAGAGGAAAAAGCGGAGGUGAAAGUGGUGAACAGCUUGCAGCAGGAAACAUGGCAAGAAGAGGGAGAUCUGGAGAGGGUUGAAGUCCAGGACUCCCAGUGUCCUUUGGAAAAAGAAACUCUGAAGUCUCCAGAAAAGGAGAUUCAAGAGCCACUGAUGUCUCUGGACAAGCAGACUCAUGAAACACUGAGAUCUCUAGAGAAGGAGAAUCAAGAAUCUCUGAGAUCUUUAGAAGAAGACAACUUAGAAACACUAAAGACUCUAGAAAAGGAGAAUCAAGAACUAUUGACAUCUUUAGAAGAAAAGGAUCUGGAAGUAGUGAGACUGCUAGAAAAUGAGACUCUAGAACUAUUUAAGUCUAAAGGAAAAGAAGAGCCAGAUAUGUGGCAGUCUCUAGACAAGGAGAAUCAAGAAGUCAUGAAGUCUCUUGAAGGUAACCUAGAGACAUUUUUAUUUCCAGGAAGGGAAAAUCAAGAAUUAGUAAAGCCUCUAGAAGAGGAGAACUUAGAGGCAUUAGGGGCUCCAGAAAAGAAGAAUCAAGAACCACUGAUAUCUCAAGAAGCAGAGAAACAGGAGACAUUGAGACCUGUACCAAAAGAGAAUCAAGAGCUGCUGAGAUCUCUAAAAGAUGAGAACCAGGAGACAUUGAGAUCCCUAGAAAGUGGGGAACAAGAGUCACUGAGGUCUCAAGAACAAGAGAACCAGGAGACAUUGAAACCUCUUGAAAAAGAGACUCUAGAGUCACUGAGGUCUCUAGGGGAGGAAGACCAGAAGACAUUGAGUUCUCUAGAAAAGGUGAAUUUAGAGCCACUGAAGUCUCUUGGAAAAGAUCGGGAAAUAUUCAGCCCUCCUGAAAAAGAGAAUCCAGAGCUAUUGCGCUCUCUGAAAGAAGGGAGUGUAGAGGCAAUGCAAUCAUUAGAAACAGGGGAUCGGGAACCACUGAAGUCUGCAGGAGAAGAGGGCCUGGAAAUAUUGAAAUCACCAGAAACUCAAGAAUCAUUGUGGCCUCUAACAGAAAAGAAUCAGGGGACUAUGAAAUGUCUAGAAAAGGGAUUUCAAGAACCACUGGGGUCCAUGGAAGAGAACCAAGAGACAUUGAGACCCCUAGAAAAGGAGAAUCAAGAAACAAGAAGAUCUCUGGGAGAGGGGGAUGUAGAAAAUUUGAGAUCUCCAGAAGAGGUGGACAAGGAAAGUCAAAGGUAUCUGGGAGAAGAAAGGAACAUGGAAAAGGAAGAGAAUCAAGAAUCGCUGAGGUCUCUGCGAGAAGAGGGACAGGAGUUACCACUAUCUGCAAAUCAGCAAAGGUGGGAAGAUGUGGUGAGGGGGGACCAAGAGCUGGGCCAGGAAAUCCCCCCUGGGAGAUCUGGAGUGGAAAAUGAGGAUGAAGCAGAGCUGGGUCUGAGGGGACAUGAUGGCUUUGCUGGGAAGGAGGAAGCUGUAGAGCUAGGGCUGAAUGCUGCAGGGGAAGCCUGGAGCACAGAGGAGGGGCACCCAGGGAGACUUGAGCCUGAAGAGCAGAUGGUCCCAGCUGAGGGAGCUGUGGGAGAGGGAGACACUGAGGGCCUCCAGGACCCUGAAGGGCAACCAGAGCAGGUAGGGGCCCCAGACCUUGGAGCUCCCCAAGGAAUGGCAGCCGAGAUAGGGCCCAUGUUGGAAGAUGACGCAGCUCCAGGGGGUGACCGAGCCUCCCCACAGGUCACCUUGGGAUCAGAGACGGCUAUGGGUGAGUCUGAUGCUGGAGCCAUGGAGGGAUGGGAGCAGGAGGCAGUAGGGAGGGAGGACCCAGGCCACCUGGCCACGGAGGAGGUGACAGAGCCACCCCUGGGGGAGGAAGAUUUGGAGGCAAGGAGGGUACAGGGUUUGGAAGGGCCCAGAAAGGACCUAGAGGAGACAGACACUCUGGAGUCAGAGCUCUCCAAACUGCCCAGGAAGAACAGGGACCCCCCAGAGCCCGAGGGCCUGGAAGGCUGGGAGAAAUCAGAACAUGAGGCACCCUGGGGAGAUGAGGAGGCAGACCCUGCUGAGACCCUGUGCCAUGAGGGAAGCAGUGCCCCUCCACCCAGGCCCCUAGGGACAGAGAAAGCUGAGGAAGAGGCAGAAUCAGUGCUGGGGUCCCCCAGCCCGAGGCCCACUGAAACCUGUCUGCCCACCUCACUCCCCAAAGAUGCCCCUGGGCCCCAGCCCCAGGCUGAGGGGAACCAGGGGGCUAGCUGGGGGCUGGAAGGCAGGGCUGAGGCCCUGGGGAAACCAGAGGGUGAGCAGGAGGAGUUGGGUUCUGGAGGAAUCCCUGAGGGCUUCCAGGAUGAGGAGAAGGAGAGUGGAGAAGAGAGUGAGGCCGAUGUGUUAGGGGAGACCCUACCUGAUUCCACUCCGCUGGGCCUCUACCCGAGGUCCCCUUCUUCCCCCAGGUGGGGUCUAGAUGGAGAGGAGAGGCUGUCUCCUCAGGGGGAGGACCCAAAGGAAGGCUGGGAUCCCACUGCCUUGGCCCCUGAGGGCCCCGGGACCCAAUCCUCAGAAGAAGAGGAGGGAGACGGGGAGGGGCGCCAGCCUGACUCUGACCUGUCAGAGGAGUUUGAGGACCUGGGGACUGAGGUUUCUCUUCUCCCUGGGGUCUCUGGGGAGGUGGCAGAGCCCCUGGGACAGGUGCCCCAGCUACUACUGGAGCCUGCAGCCUGGGAUCGGGACGGGGAGUCUGACGGGUUUGCGGAUGAGGAAGAGAGUGGGGAGGAGGGAGAGGAGGACGAUGACGACGAAGAGGGCAGGGGGCUAGGACCCGGGCGGUGGGACCCCGGGUCCUCUGAGGGCAGCCUGCAGGCCCUGGGUGGGCCACAGAGAGAGAAUCUUCUGGAGCCUGAGACUGUGAGUUUCGGGGUUCCUUGGGAUGACAGCUUGAGGGACGCAGCAGCCGAUGCCCCUGUGACCGUCCAGGAGCCUGAGUCCCAGGAUAGUGCUGAGACUUCCGGUUCCGAGGAAGGGUCUGAUCCAGUUCCCUUGGAAGGGGAGGACCGGGUACCUGGCGCUCUAGAGACCCCCGGUGGGGUAGCGGAUGCAGGCCAGGGGACAGGAGACACCCUUGGGGUCAAUGGCGGGGGCCCCAGCCUGGAGGAGGAGUCAGAGCCUGUGAACAGGGGAGUGAUGAACGGGCUGGAGCAGUCUGAGGGAGUGGGGCAGGGGAAGCUGGGGGCUCCUGAGGGGGACCAGGGAAGCCCCUUGGAAGGGGAGGAGGGGAAGGGCCUGAAGACCCCUUGGGAAGGGGUUCCUCUGAACCUGGGCCCAGGCCAGUUCCUGAAGUUCACCCAGAGGGAGGGAGAUGGAGAUUCCUGGUCUUCAGGGGAAGACUAAAGAAGGAUCUUCUCCUCCCUCACUGGGGACUUGGGGGAGGGGGUGGGGCUCUCCACAAGGCCCCUCCCAGCUCAGGGGCAGCACCCUUAAUUUAUGACCUCUUGACCCGUGUGGUUUCUUUCUGAGAGGCCUGGCCUGCCAAGGUGAAAUGGGUGUGGCAAAGGAGCCUGUUCCAAGAAUUGAGGCACCAGGGAUUAAAAACCAGACCCUCGGAUCUUGCAAAGUGGGACAUCCUGCCUGCACUGACCCACAAGGCUUAAGCCAUUUGAGGCCCUCCAUCACUAGGCCCCUAUCCUGUACUCCCUUUUCCUCCCCAUCCCAUCAACUAGAAGAGGUGGGGAGCCCAGCGGUUCCUCUCAGUGGAGGGGGCUGUGUUGGUCUUUGUGCCAGGGCUCCCCAGCCCUGCCCCCUCCUCACUGCAGCUGCACCGCCCUUGUGGGAUGUCUGGCAGGUGGCCGAUGGGGCUGAGAGAAUUCUCCCGGGCCUUGACCCCCCUCAUCCCUGCCGUGUGGUCCUGUCUGGCUCGUCCCCACCUGAAUAAAGUAAUGCCUCCUCCUA